GGCAGGCAAGGUUAAGAUCGAAAGGUGCCGGCUGGUUUCGCUGGAAGAGCAAUUUUCCGGCGAAGAGUUCCUGUUAAUGGAGAGUGUUGUGGACCGUUACAAGCAGAUGGCAAUCAAGGAUGGCGAGACAGAGAUAAACCUCGAUGACAAUGAGCUUGAAGACGUUCCGGCAGAGGAUGUGGCGGCGGGUUUCCCCGUGAUCGGACAGGUGCUGACAGAUCGCAAAGUCCGGUUCUCGGAGCUGAAAGAGCAGAUGCUUGCUCUAUGGAGGCCAGGAAAAGGACUGGUUUUGGAAAGAAAAAAAAUUGGAUCUCAUCUUAGAGCAGGUAGCGGGGUGAAGACUAGCCCGACAGGAGGGAAAGCCUGGCUUCUGGAGGGUUCAUCGAGCUCUGGCAAAUCGGGGGGGGCGGACCGAGGGCAUCCAGAUCUGAAGGAAAGAUGACAGACAAGGAGAAAGGGUCAAGGACGG